AUGGCCUUCGCUAGUGUCCUCAAUGAAGCUGAUGUAAAAGCCGCUCUGGCCGGCUGCGCAGCUGCUGACUCCUUUGACUACAAGACGUUCUUCAAGGCAUGCGGAAUGUCCGGCAAGUCCGCCCAUGAGGUCAAGAAAGCUUUCUACAUCAUUGACCAGGACAACAGUGGCUUCAUUGAGGAGGAGGAGCUGAAGCUGUUCCUGCAGAACUUCAGUGCUGGUGCCAGAGCACUCACUGACAAGGAGACCGCGGCAUUCCUCAUCGCUGGUGACAGUGAUGGUGAUGGCAAGAUCGGAGUCGAGGAGUUUGCUUCUAUGGUGAAGGCAUAACUUUCCACUGACCAAGAUCC